AUGCUUUAUAUUGCACCUUGUAUCGACUGCGCGCUGACUGGUCGCUACGUCACGUGGCUUCCCGGCGCGCGACUGCAGUGCUGGAUGAUACUAACUGUAUACACGUUACCACAGCUUGCCGUCUCUGCGAAGAUAUUGUGCCUCCUGAUGGUGGUGAUCUGCGGUGCGGUGCCGUCGAUGGUUCGGUCGGUUCGCCUCUACAGCCAAUGCUCUCACAUGUACGUCAACGUGUUCCCAAACGGCACUGUUAUGGCCCGCUCCGGUGGAAACGACCAGCCGAAUCUCACUAUCAGCACACGCGGUUUAAGCUUAGACCUGCUCAUUCACUCUCCCGUUCAGGAUAUGUACCUGUGUUUCAACCGCUCUCGGCUUGUCGGCAGGCGGCUGACACGGUUUCAAGCAGAGAGACAACCGAAUUGUCUGUUCAAAGAAGAAUUUGUGGACGGCUGGAACAGAUAUCACUUAGUGAAGAACGAAGAUCGAUACAUAGGGUUCAACAGGCGGGGGCUCCAAGUGAAGCGCGGGAAGAGUCACGUACCAGAGCAUCUGCACAAGUGCUUUUCCUUCAUGAAGAAGGCGCACGACUUCGAUAUAAACAGGCACAAUACUAUGAUUGCGGGCGAACUGCCGAAAUUUCGCCCACAGCGUAGACUUCGGCCGCCAUCGCAAAACUCCAUAAAGCCACCCUGUCACGUCCGCCAUCAUCACAACAGGCAUCAGAGGCGAAGGAACUGUGAGGGCACGUAG